UAAAACUAUUUACUUUUCAGAAAACAAAAUUUGACAGUGUCAUCCGCAAGCCAAAUUUAUUGUCAUCAAAAUAAAAACAGUUUUUUGUUCAAAAAUAAUGGAGGCGUACGUAUCUCCGUACGGGCUUUACCCUAUGAUGCCACCAGACCAGGGGCAUGGGGAUAAUGUGGACUAUUAUAGCAUGCAGCCUAUGAAUGGCAGAGAUCAUACAAGCUCACCUAAACACCGCACCAAUCGUCGAGACAAACGGUCCCGAAGCGCUAGAGAAUCUAGAUCUCGCUCCAAAUCUCGGACAUCGAGAUCCCGGUCCCACUCGAGAUCUCGAUCUCAUUCCGUUUCGAGAUCUCACUCUCAGUCGACACGUACUCGGAGUAUACGGCGAGGACUGAAUUUCAGGGAACCGAGCUUUCUGGACGCAUUCCGAGUUUUAUAUUUGACACCCAGCAACAGAACUAAAAAAAGCACAUCCAAAUACCUCGCAACGAAGAAGCGGCAAGAUAACAUCGAGGAGAUUUUGAAGAGCGACGGGCUUGGUUCGAAGAGAUGGCUGUUUUACCCAAGAGCCGUGACCACGACCAGCGAACCUGUGGCUGGGAAGGUUGCAGGUGCAAGAGACAAUUCAGACCAGCGCAUCAAGAUCGACAGGCAGUUCUUCAGAAAGUACAAAAAAAGCAAGUCGGUCGCUGGCGACGCGCCUAUAGCCAAACUCAUGCGGUGGGAACUUAUGUUCUAUAAGAAGCUCGGCUUUAUAAACACCGAUUAA